AUGGGAUUUCAACCCCAGCAAAUAAAGGAGGUCGUCGACCUCUUCAGGCACCCACAACGCCAGCUAGAACGGUUCCAGGGUCGGCCGCCAUUACUCUCCUACCUCUUCCUCCAUGUCAAACGUGCCAGUUCUUUUGUCCCCACCCUGCGCGCUCCACCACCCUCUCCCUCAGAAUAUACGGGUUCGGGAAGCCCAGAUGUAAAUGAAGAAGGGGUGGUCGAGAUAGCUGUUAUUCCGUGGGGUGCAAAUGGGCCAUAUCAGCUUACCAUCAAUCUUGCCCUCUUUCGGUUCCGUCACACUGGUAGUUUUUGA